UUGUGUGGUUCGCCAAAACGGCGGCAAAAGCAAAUUUUCUAACAGUGGGGCCGCAUUUCAGCAACUCUUAAGCCCAUUGUAAUGCAGAGGUCGUGAUUUCUACUUCCCCCCAAUUCCCCCGUAACAUUGUGUACACGUGAGAGCUUACACACAUUAACAUGAAUUAGGGUUCGGAGCUCUAAAGCACAUUAGGGCUUUCACCACGGCAUGGAUGUGUGCUGGACUGGAGCUGUGAAUUCUGUGUAUGAUGCUGGUCGCAGAUUGACAUUGGCGCGCCUGUGUCCCGUUGGGUUGGAUUGACAACGAAUUGGCUAUGGAGUCCGAUCUGAAGCAGCAGCUGCGACUCGUGGAUCAAGAGCUUCACCAAGUGCAAGAUCAAAUACAGUCGCUAUUACAGCAUCAGGAGAGCUUGCUUGAACAACAAGCUGAACUUCAACAACUUAUCGCGUCAUGCAGGGAUGUUGCUGCUCAUGAUGAAAAUGGCAACGGCCCCGGAGCAUCUAAAUCAGGUGGAGUGAAUUGGUCGGGUUCUUUUGAGUGGGAUAAUCGUGCUGCUGAUAUUCGUUUGAACCUCUUUGGUAUCAAAUCCUACCGCCAAAAUCAGCACGAGAUCAUAAAUGCAGUAAUGAGUGGAAGGGAUGUAAUCGUAAUAAUGGCAGCAGGUGGUGGGAAGAGUCUUUGCUACCAGCUCCCAGCUAUGUUACGUACUGGAACGGCACUUGUCAUCAGCCCUCUACUAUCCCUCAUCCAAGACCAGGUCAUGGGCUUGACUGCCUUAGGAAUUUCAGCGAGUAUGCUCACAUCAACAACAACCAAAGACGAGGAGAAAUCCAUCUAUAAGUCACUUGAAAAAGGGGAAGGAGAUCUUAAGAUUUUGUAUGUUACUCCUGAGAAGGUUGCAAAAAGCAAACGGUUUGUAUCAAAGCUGGAAAAGUGCAAUCACGGCGGCCGUCUCUCUCUAAUAGCUAUUGAUGAAGCACAUUGUUGCAGCCAGUGGGGGCAUGACUUCCGUCCUGACUAUAAGCAAUUAGGUAUUCUGAAGAAGCAGUUCCCAAGGGUGCCUAUGAUAGCAUUGACUGCUACGGCUACAGAGCGUGUUCAAACGGACCUGAGGGAGAUGCUUCAAAUUACUCGCUGUGAGAAAUUUGUCAGCACUGUCAACCGCCCCAACUUAUUUUAUGAGGUACGCGAAAAGAAGGCCAACGGAAGCGCAGCUAUCGAUGACAUUGCAUCAUUCAUCUUGGACAAAUAUUCAAAGAAGGAAUCUGGAAUCGUAUAUUGCUUUUCACGGAAAGAGUGUGAGCAGGUAGCAGCAGAGCUUAGAAAGCGGGGAAUUUCAGCUGCUCAUUACCACGCUGAUAUGAAGCCUGAAACAAGAUCUUCUGUUCAUAUGCGGUGGAGCACCAAUAAACUGCAAGUCAUUGUUGGCACGGUAGCUUUUGGAAUGGGUAUCAACAAACCUGACGUGCGGUUUGUUAUUCAUCACAGUCUCAGCAAAUCGUUGGAGACCUAUUAUCAGGAGAGUGGGCGUGCAGGUAGAGACGGGCUUCCCGCGCAUUGCCUCUUGUACUUCAGACCCGCAGACCUUCCUCGACAGAGUUCUAUGGUUUUCGCGGAGAUGGCAGGUCUGCACAAUUUAUACGCUAUAUGCCGCUUCUGCCAGUCCAAGCAAGCAUGCCGUCGUGCAGCCUUCUUUCGACAUUUUGGGGAGAAAAUCCAGAAGUGUAAUGGCAUGUGUGACAACUGCGCUUUUACGAAGGAGGUUGUGGAUACGGAUGUUACUGAACACGCCAGGUCACUGGUGUCAAUGGUGAAGGAAUCGAAUGAUGUUGAACAGAAAUUAACGAUUCUCCAGCUUGUGGAGCAAUGGAGAAGUCAGACUAAAAAAUCUGACACAGACGCUCAACUUGCGAAGGAUCUAAGUAAAGAUGACGUGGAACGUGUGAUCGUUCAGCUGAUCUUGGAUGGAAUCUUGAAAGAGGAAUUUGCACACACGGCUUAUGCUACUAAUGCUUAUGUGGCAUUGGGGACUGGUUGGAGAGGUCUCCUGCAAGGUACAGGUAAUAGAAAAGUGAAACUGGAGAUAGUUAAAGGAGCGCAGAGUGCAAAGAAAAAAUCCAAGGCAAAUACAGCACCAAUUAGCGAGGAAGGAAUGACAUUCUCUGGACUGGGAUCAGCGCUCGAUGAUUUGCGGCAGAAUCUUGCAGCCAGUCAUGGAGGCAUUUUUCCACAUUCAGUGCUUACGUCUCAGCACAUAUCCUUGCUCGCGUCUCAGAAGCCUGUUACAAUGGAGGAGCUAGAGGAGGUGAUUGGAAAAAGGAUAGCAGAGCAAUACGGAAAUGAAAUUUUAGUAUCGAUAACAGAUUAUCUUGAGGAACACCCAGCGGAUACUGAAAACGGAGGCGCUUGGAUUGCUCCUAAAGGGAAACGUGCUGCCGAAGGUCCAUCAACUGGACAAGCCAAAAGAGUUGCUAAAGCUCCCUCAGACAAACCAACUAAGGCUCCAGCAACUAGGCAAAGUAAACGCGUUGCUGAAGGCCCCGCGCACGAUGCUACUAAAACUCGAUCGAUCAAAAACUUUUUACAGAAAAGUACCAAGGCUGAUACGGAUGUCGGUCCUAGCAACACUGCUAGAUCUAACCAGACUCCUGAAAGCUUCGGACCUAGCACUACUAAAACCCCUACUAAGAGACUUUCUCUACCGAGACCAUCAGCUAUUAGUACACCAGCGCCCACAACACCCAAGGAAGAGGACGUCAAGCAGGAGGCAGGUAAGGUUCCUCAGAGUGAAUGCAUAGACCUUGAUAGCGACAGUGAGGGUGAAGAGGAUCAGCCUGCAUUGAACGGGACUGUAUUUAAAAGAGAGAAUGAAGAGGAAGAUGUGAUAGAAGAAACUAGUUCUGAAGAGGAUGAGUUUUCUUUAUUCAAGCGAUUGAAAAGACAAUAAUAUAUGUCAACUACACUCUAGAGGUUGUAUGUUUAGGGUUAUUUAUCUUGUUAUCUCUCAUCAUUUGAAUUAUUUUUUAUUUUUUA